AUGUUAUUUCGCUUAGAUGUUUGAAAUGCGAACAUAAUACAAUGCUGUAAAACAUUAAAAGGUGUUAAUGCAAUUCCCCCCCCCAGUCCUCUAAGUGGCAGUAAAGAUUCACCCGACAACAACUGACGCCAAAGUAACAAAUGCUCUGUUUUAGCUAGCAAAACAAUGGAAGAAACUACACGCGAACGCCGUCAGAAGACAUUUAAAUGCCAGUCGUGCGGUUUAAAUUGUCCUUACACUUCCUACGGACAGAAACCACCUAAUACCAGAGCCAUUGUUUUGCUGGAAGAAUGCUACGUGACGAAAGACCCAUUUAGUCCUGAUAAAGAGAAGUUUCUCGUUUUGGGUUCGAAAUGCAGCUUGUGUGGAGUCACAGUUUGCGUCGGUUCGGACUGCAGUCUAUUCUACACUAAGAGGUUCUGCCUGCGCUGUGUCAACAAGAAUCUGGAGCAGUUUCCCCACCAGAUUCGGACAGAACUGGCCAAAAAGUCACCGCGAUAGUGGGCGGGCCUAAAGCAACGCGCGGACCAAUGAAUGGCCUCCCCUGUUUAAAUACUCCUUCAUGUCAACUUGCCUUCUUCACUCACGUCUGACUCUAACGCCAUGUUGGCUCUUCGGACCUGACUUAUGCGUACGUGUGGAUGUGUUU